AUGCCGCGGCCGGGGAAGAGCUCAUACAGCGACCAAAAGCCGCCGUACUCGUACAUCUCGCUGACCGCCAUGGCCAUCCAGCACUCGGCCGAGAAGAUGCUGCCGCUGAGCGACAUCUACAAGUUCAUCAUGGAGCGCUUCCCCUACUACCGCGAGCACACGCAGCGUUGGCAGAACAGCCUGCGCCACAACCUCUCCUUCAACGACUGCUUCAUCAAGAUCCCGCGGCGGCCGGACCAGCCCGGCAAGGGCAGCUUCUGGGCUCUGCAUCCCGACUGCGGCGACAUGUUCGAAAACGGCAGCUUCCUGCGGCGCCGAAAGCGCUUCAAGGUGCUGCGCGCGGAGCACACUCACCUGCACGCGGGAAGCACCAAGGGUGCAUCGGGCACCGGGCCCGGAGGGCACCUUCACCCCCACCACCCCCACCACGUGGCGGCGGCGGCGGCGGCAGCGGCGGCGGCGGCGGUGGGCAGCGUGGGGCGCCUGUCGCAGUUCCCGCCCUACGGGUUGGGCUCAGCGGCCGCCGCAGCCGCCGCAGCAGCUGCAUCCACGUCGGGCUUCAAGCACCCGUUCGCUAUCGAGAACAUCAUCAGCCGGGACUACAAGGGCGUGCUGCAGGCGGGCGGGCUGCCCUUGGCGUCCGUCAUGCACCAUCUGGGUUACCCCGUGCCGGGCCAGCUAGGUAACGUCGUCAGCUCGGUGUGGCCGCACGUGGGCGUCAUGGAUUCGGUGGCCGCGGCCGCCGCCGCCGCAGCUGCGGCGGGGGUCCCUGUGGGCCCGGAGUACGGGGCCUUCGGGGUGCCAGUCAAGGCCUUGUGCCACUCGGCAAGUCAGAGCCUGCCUGCGGUGCCGGUGCCCAUCAAGCCCACCCCCUCGCUGCCGCCUGUGGCUGCGCUGCCUCCGACGCUCACUGUCCCCGCGGCCGCGCAGCAGCCACCGGCGCCGUCCACCGUGUGCCCUGUUGCUGCGGCCUCGCCUGCCGCCUCCCUUCUGGAGCCCACCGCCCCGAGUGCGGCCGAGAGCAAGGGCAGCUCCCUGCACUCGGUGCUGGUGCACUCCUAG